AUGCCAAGUACAACCCUGAUGCUGCCUUCAAAACCUAUCACCAUUCCAGGACAACCGCUGGAGACUGAAAUGUCGUAUCGAGAGAUUAUAAAACAAUUGGCACAAACUACAGCGAAACCGUAUGGUGAUAUACCCCCUAUGAUGAAAUCGAAAAAGAAAAAAAAAACCAAAAAAGACAAAGAGAGUCCACCAACGUCAAAAGCAACAUCGACUGCUUCGUCAGAGAGAACCAAACCUAUGAGAAGGAUGUCGCAUGUCGAGGAUUGGAUUGUUGUCGACAGCAAAGAAUCCUUACCCGAUGAGGAAGAGCUGGUACAAUCACCAUUCAAAAAUUUUCUAUCUGGAGACUUCUUUACAGAGGUGUUGCCACUACACAUGCCACCACCCUCUUUGAGCGAGCGAUUUGGAUUAGAGGAAGAACAAGGCGAAGGCCGAAAAUUACAUGAUGAUGCACAGUUAUCGUUAGAGUUAAUACAAGAGUACGAUGGCGCAAGCGAUGAUGAGGAUGAUCAGGUAUUAGGCACCAGCUGGAAGUCGUCAAGCUCUGUAAUACACAAAGAUUUAUUACGUCGACACUCGAUAUCCUCAUUUACUUCCUCCACUACUACAGCGUCUUAUGCAGUAUCGUCGUCUCCUCCACACCUGUCAAAUACGGAUCAUGAAUUAUGGAAAGAAACACUAGCUAAAUUAAAACGAUCUCUAUUUGUAUCACCUCCAACACCUCCAACACCACCACCACCUGUACCCGCACCAGCAUCCUCUUCGUCGUCGUCUACUAAAAAGAAAAGAGCCACUAGCAAAUUAAUCCCUAUGCCUAUACCACCCAGAAAGAUAUCUCAAAAAAGAAGAUCAGAAGCAACCACUCAACCAAGAUUUAACCCAGAUACCAACACCUAUACAAGAGAUACGAGAUCCAAUCCAGACCACUUGCGAAUGAUUUCCGCCGAAUUGAAUAUGAUGAGAGGGCGAAAACUACUGAGUCCAUUGAAGCCAAGAGGUUUUUUGCCUAGAAGAAAGGAUGCUUUUGUACGCGGCACUAAGCGCAAUAGAUCACAUUUGAUGCAAGAAAUUUUGAUUGACGAAUAA